AUCAAGAAUUUCUAGUUAAUCUAUAAUAUUUGCUGUAGUAGUCGAUGAGGGAGGCAUUAUUGGUGUCAGCAUCUAGUAAUCAACAAUCGUUUGAACCAAUUUGAAAGGUAAACGGUAAGCAUUUUGAAACAGGGCUGGCCGGCAAGGGAAGGUAGGAGCCUAAUCCGUUAUUAAAUUUUCGUUUAUCCAACUCUUCUUUCUACUGGUAGUGGACUUUUUAAAUGUCAGGUUAGAGUUAAUACGAUAUGAAUUUACCUUUUUUCUCCCACUUGCCCCUUUUUCACCCCCCUCCCCCUGCCCGAGCCCGCUGUUUCUCCCCCACCUCUUUCUCUGGCUUUGCAGCCGCCUGUGCUGGCGGCUCCUCUUCACCUCCCCUGCCUGGCGCUCCCCUCCCCCUCCCUGCCCUAUGUCGCCUUGCUCUUGGGGAACAAUCGCCACUGAUUGAGGUUCACUCUAUGUUAGGCUGGAAAACCGGGCUGUUAUUUAGGAAGUCAUUAAUCACAUCUCCUCCCCCGGAAAGAGAUGGCGGAGAAACCUGUGAAGUACAAUUCCUUACCAACCUCCUACAAAAUUUUCAAAAUGGUAAACCUAAACACAAUUUGACUACAUGAAGGUGAUACCGAUUUUUCCAGUAGGAUUUUAUUUUAAAUUUGAAAAAAAUUUCCAGGCACAAUUAGGUAAUUGUGUGCAUUUAUCUUAUUGGAGGUGUAGGUUACCACUAUCCAAAGUUUCAUGGGUAUGUAAUUAGAUUUAAUUAGAUCUUUCGUUAAUUAUAUAUUUUCCUCUAAGAAUUGAAUUAAAUAUGAAAUUUGUGCCCCAAGCAGGUUUACUGUUAUGAAGCAGCUGAGUUCUUAUGGGAAAAAGAGCAUAACAUCGGUUGCUUUAUUUAAAUGGCUUUUUCCCCUAAAAGAUUAUUUAGACAGCCUUGUGCGUAAGGCACGCGUGUGCACAUACAUGACUGCCGUUUUUUCUAAAUCGACGAUUCACAAGGACCCUCCAUUGUGUUUAAGCAAAAGCACGAAAUCGGCAUUCUGAUUUAUCGUAAAGAAGCGUCCCAAAUUGUCUUUAAGAUAACAUGUUUGAGUUUUUCUUGUUCAUUCAUAAAUUAUUUUGAUGUCAGCGUAGAUGAAAUGGCGAUUGGUUAUCUCUUCCUCUUGCCAGCCCCUUAAGGAUCCGAGGUGAAAUUAGUAGCAAGAAAGCAUGUAAUUGACAAAGUCACGUGUGCUCAGGGGGCCAGAAACUGGAGAGAGAAGAGAAAAAAAUCAAAAGAGGGAAAGCACAUUAGACCAUGCGAGCAAAAUUUGUGAUCGCACAAAAUCAAGAUGUUAGAUUGAUGCAGAAGAUCACUCCGUUCCAAAGGGAAAGUUUUCAUCUCACGAGUUUGGAGCAGAGGGCCCGUGGGGCAACAUGGCCGAAGGCGGGGCAAGCAAAGGUGGUGGAGAAGAGCCCGGGAAGCUGCCGGAGCAGGCAGAGGAGGAAUCCCAGGUUUUGCACGGAACUGGCCACUGUAAAUGGUUCAACGUGCGAAUGGGAUUUGGAUUCAUCUCCAUGAUAAGCCGAGAGGGAAGCCCCUUGGAUAUUCCAGUCGAUGUAUUUGUACACCAAAGCAAAUUAUUCAUGGAAGGAUUUAGAAGCCUAAAAGAAGGAGAACCAGUGGAAUUCACAUUUAAAAAAUCUUCCAAAGGCCUUGAAUCAAUACGGGUAACAGGACCUGGUGGGAGCCCCUGUUUAGGAAGUGAAAGAAGACCGAAAGGGAAGACACUACAAAAAAGAAAACCAAAGGGAGACAGAUGCUACAACUGUGGCGGCCUUGAUCAUCAUGCUAAGGAAUGCAGUCUACCUCCUCAGCCAAAGAAGUGCCAUUGCUGUCAGAGCAUCACGCACAUGGUGGCGAACUGCCCUCAUAAAACUGUGGUGCAGGCGCCCACCAGUUCUCAGGGAAGACAGGAAGCAGAGCCCCAGCCAUGCACGUCGACUUUCCCUCGAGAGGUGGGGGGAGGGCAUGGCUGUACGUCACCACCGUUUCCUCAGGAGGCGAGGUCCGAGAUCUCAGAGUGGCCAGGCAGGUCGCCUCAAGAAGCUUCCUCCGUGAAGUCCUCUGCAGCGCCAGAAGAACAAAGCAAAAAGGGGCCUUCCGUUCAAAAAAGGAAAAAGACAUAACCCUUCUUCUUAGCGUGUCGUUUUUCUCUCCCUGGUUGGGACGUCUACCUCAUGCGAGUACAGGGGAACAGUAUUUCACCAGAAGCAGCUGACCUGGGAUUUUAACUACUGUUGAGGAACUGUGAAUUUUUUUAAACAGACAAAUCACUCUAAGCAAAUUAACCUUUGAGCAGGGUGUUGUGUUGUAUGUGACUCAGAGGACAAGAUGCUGUGUAUCAGAUCGUGCAUGUGUGAGAGGGAGAGAGCCUGCGUCUGUGUGUGUGUGUGUGUGUGUGUGUGUGUGUGUCGGAGGAGUUUAUAGAGAAUGUAGACAUGUAUAUAAAGAGGGCCUGUCUUUAUAUAUGUGUGUCUAGAGCUAAAAGCACACACCCUCCCUCCCAGAAUUGGACAUCCCCAAGAAUUGAAGACCCAUGUGAAGCAUUUUAGAUGGUUUGGAAAAUAACCCCUGCAGUUUUUCUUGAAAUAUCAGUCCCUGUAGGCUACAUUAAGGAAAAAACAACAACAACAAAAAAAUGUGACUGUUACCUUUUGUGUGAACCAAAGGAUUCUUCAGAUCGCACAGCUGCCAAUCAUAUGGUACUAAAGGUUUUUAAGACAUCCGUUCUCCCAAGUUCAGGAUUGCCUCUUUUUCUUGCUAUCUGUAGAGUGUGUCCCUCGCUCCCAUCCCCUUUGAAGGCAGUCCCUUAACUCCAUAUGCCUCUGACUGCCAUAAGCUCUUUUGAAUCUGGGAUACAUAACUCCAGAAAAGACAAUGAAUGUGUACUUUCUGUGCCGAUAUUUCAAAAGUUUUUUAAUUCCUAUGUUUUAAUUGUAAAUUAGAUGCCUAUUAAGAGAAGUGAAGGGGCGGGCCGUGUCUACAUGUAGUGACUUGAUUGUUGUCCGUGGUAUUUUGAUACCAGCUCCUUAUAAUCUCUUACCUGUUGUGAAGCUUUUGUGGGACUGUGGCAACAGCAGCUUCCCUUUGACUGAGUCCAUCCUUCCGAGCAUCACUUCGAGCGGGGGCCUCCUAGUUUACUACUGAAGAUCUUGGAGGAAAACUCCAGUCAUUUGGUGUAUGUUUUUGGUGGCUGUUUUUAAUUUCCCCCUGGAGAGUGACCCAACUUGUUUCUAAAACAAACAAAACAUCACAGAUACGAGUAAAAUGCCAGGGUUGAGAGUGCAAAUUAAGUGGAUGUUCACAGUUGCCCUGUGUGUCUGACCCGGAAUAACGUUAGACAGCGCCGAGUUUGGUGGCAGGCAGCGCGGAGAGUGAUGAGCCGGGGGCUAGAGGUUCCCAGGCCUCUCCUAGCCAAGAGCUAGGAGUGUUUUCUACAGUACAGUUGAUCUUAUGGAAAUUCCCUCGUGACUCAUACUGAAGGGACCUGGAUGGUGGAUUCAGGGUGAACACUCAGUGAUAGGGACCCUUCUCAGGUUGCUCCUCAGUUACGUUAAGAAACUGGCUGGGGGCCAGUCGUAGUAUUGGUCCCUUCAGGUUUCAGUCAUGAAACCUGACAAGAGGACAAGAAAGUCAUUUUGGUGUCAUCUUGGUUCCAGAUGUUACAGAUAAAUUUCAGAAACAUCUCCUAGAAGAUUCCGAUGAGUGAUGAUGCCGAACACAGGCAGUAAAUAUAGUUUCGUAUGAGCCAAUUGGUGGAAGCUCAGAUAAUCAAAAAAAGAAAGAAAGAAAAUAACAUGAUUCAAAUGAGACACAGCUUGCUGAACAGUUUCUGCUCCCUCCCCGGCUGGUCCUGCCAAGGGAGACAGGGCUGCUGCCCCGUGCCAGGAGAGGGUGCUCAGGCUGGGCUGCCAGCCCUUCCCAACUCAGCUUGAGUUGACAGUGUUUGUGAGAAUCUCUGUGGGAUACACUGAAAUAUCAGUGUGCUGCGAUGCAAAGCUUACCUUUGACGAUAUUGAAUGUGAUGAUACAUAGCUAGAGAGAAGUACUUCCUUGCCUUACGUGAGGAUCGUAAGCUUAUUUAAAUUAUGUAGACAAAUCAAAGUGGCAUUGCUUAAUUUCUAGCAGGUGUAAUAAGCAGGUUAACAGUUAAAAAAAAAUGCAAACCCUAAGAAGUCACUUUGAGAAUUCAAACCAAAGUUCCUUGACCUUAUUAGAAAUAGGAAAUUAUGGACUUGAGAAUUGGACAUUCCCUGUUUACAUAUAAAACGUUCAGAACUGAGAGAUCAUGAUUAAAAACAAAGAAACAGAGAAAGAAAGCUUUUAUAACCGUGGACCUUAUGGGUGCAAUUUGAAAUCAUUUUCAGCAUCUUACUAGACUGAACUGAGAGCACAUACCGAACCUAUCUUAUGAUUAAAAGCUGGGGUUUAUUUUUUAUAAAGAAUAUUAUCACUAUUACAUAACAUACUCAGGACAAAGAACUUUGCUCAGGGAACAUACCAUGUAAUAUUGUUGUUUCUUUACAGAAUAGUCUACAGUCCUGCUUACUCAAAACAAACCAAAAGACUUAGACCUUUAUAUAAGUAUUAUUAUGUACUGACGCUAGUAAUAACUACCUCUGAGUUUGACGUAGAUCAAAAUUUCUGAAUAUCAGAUUUCAGUUCUUCUAUUUUUGUUUCAUGUGAAAAGUACUCUAAAGGAGACUUCCCGAGCUCCUCGCAUAUGUGAAUAUCACUGACGUAAGCACAGUGUCCAUUUACAUGGGUGAAAUAUUAUUCUGUUUACAGCAAAAGGCUACCUCAUCGUUGAUGCACAGCAUACCUUUAUGCUGCUCCAGCCUUACAGUGGCUGAUAAUUCUCUGGUACAGAACCUUUUUUAUCUCUAGGAUAGAUAGCAAUUCACAACUGCAUGUUCCUGGCAAACACCCGUCAAUAAGGAAGCAUCUCAUUUAGUUAGCAAAGUCUCCAAGCAUCUCCUUCAAGUUCCAUGUGUUUAGUUUAAAGACUUACGGGGCCUCUUCCACUGAAGCAAGGCAGAACCGGCAAGCAGUUUUGGAAACGUCUGCUUUGCUCAGAUGUCGGUAGCGGGAAAAGGUGGGGAAGAGAGGUUGGGUGUGUGAGUGUGUUUGUGCUGGGCAGAAGUAUCAGAGAUGCCAAUCUCCUUCCUUUGUGGCUGUGCUACCCCGAGGCCAAGUGUAGUGCAGCAUUAUUGUCCUAGAAGUAACUAAGGAGCAUGGCUGCCAAGGAGUGAACAUUGAGUGAACGUGCAAUGCCAUUUCUAGCUACUGAGGGGUAGGGUCUGUGAGAAGCAUCAGUUUACAGGAGUUGCUAUGGGCUGGGCAGGAGGUCUGUGAAUUAGCUGCCCCUUGACCUCAUCUCCUCCCCCCCUCCCCAUGUCAACACAAACGUAAUUCCUAAGAAAGAUGCACUGCCGGUCUCAGCCCUGUGAGCUAUUCAUUGUUACAUGGCAGAUUAUAGUAGAAACAUUUUUAUACUUGCAUUUCUAGUCCUUACUAGAAGACUUUGGAUGUAUUUUUACAAGUGGAAAGAUUUAGAAAGAUUUUUACCUGCUUAUAACUUGGAAGUUUGGCGUGCAAUGUAGGGGAAAAGAUCAAGAAACAUCGAGUUAUUAGCAUUGGUCCACCUACAAAUAUAGGGUGUUUUUAUUGCCGAUACAUUUUUUUUUUCAUGUUCUGGCCUGGUUUUAUUUUGCACCAAUGUGGCCCCACAUUACUGCUCGUUGUAUUUAGUUUGUGAAUAGAAGCCCAUACGUGUUAAUAGACUUUGUAACAUUCACUGUAAGAUGAAUUAUACAGGACAUGGGAAAUCUCAUUAAGUCUUAAAGUUAAUUUAAAUUAAUUUAUCUGUUUUCUCUAAGAAAUGUUUAUCAUAAAAUAUAUAUGUGUGUUUCCCCUUUGGUUAUAAAAUUUGGAAAAGUAUGUACAAGUGCAGCUGCACGGACUUUCAUUUUCUAGAUGUCUUAAUGAGAUUUAUUUGUUUUAGGGAAGAACAACUUUUGAUCAAAGCAUCGAAUUCUGUCUUACAUCACUGUCAACAGCCUCUUUCAGUUGUGGUGGUUGUGUGUGAUCUGUGUCAUAGUUGUUCAGUUAGAGUGAGGUUGACCUCUGAGUUGUUUUUAAAUUGUCCAUUUGGAACAAAGCUACAACGUUAUGGUAAAGUACUGUACUGGGAGAGACUAUUACAGCAUUUAAUACAUCUGUGGCUUCGCACAUGUGAGAGUUACCAGCUUGAAAAUGAUGGUGUUGACUACCUCUUGAAUUACUUACAUCCACCAACCACUGGCACCCACCACCAGCUGGCUAUUAUUAGUAUGUGUUGCUUUUUGGUAUUAACACCUUUAACCAUAAUAGAGACCAAAGUGAACACUGAUUGCUAUAUGUCUUUAAUAUGGUGUUUUAUCUAGUGUUUUUAAAAUUAUCCUGUGUAGUAUUUAGAUGACCUCAUUGUCCAUUUUGGCUCCUGUUGUUUACAAGUGAAAAAACAAAACAAAACAAAACACUUGAACUAUAUGUUUUUAAAGGACAUAAAAAGCGUAGGUGUUUGGAAUGGCAUUCACUCGUGUAGUCAUCUUAUGGACUAAAAAGUACUGUUUGCCUUUCUGCAGACCAUGGAUUUUAUAUGCUCAUUUCAUGCCUAGUGUCUUAUUCUGUCAAUUAUGGAUAUUUUGAGGUUUAAAGAAAUUACUUGAUUAAAAAUAAAACAUAUAACGUUGG